AUUCAAGGCCACCGUAACAUCAUAAAUUGAGAAAAUAUGGAAUAGUUUAUUACUCUCUAAUGAGCAGAUUAUUAUGAUUUACGAAUUGCUGAUGCUAACUGCCGCCAUUUCCCGAUUGUAUGCAGUGCUAGUUCUCAUUAGUUUGUGCACGUGAUACUAAGGUAAUCAAGCGUGACGUUACCUGCUGACACCACCCCAUUAUGUGGAAAGAAGACAGAAUGCGUUCGUUUGUCUUCGCAUGGUUAGCAGUCGCUAGAGUACAUCAGCUUGUCCAGUCCCAGACCAUUCGAAAACUCACGAUUGCUCUCAUCUUACCCAGUCGGGCGGAGUUUCUUCAACUGAAAACCAACAUCACGUACGAGCAGCUCAAGGAAACGUAUGUCAAUGCCAUUGUGGACGCCAACUGGUACUACGGCAAAGGAAAGUAUGGAUACCAUUUAGACUACUUCUUCCUAGAUUCCACAAGUCAUCCAAGCGUCUUUAUCAGCCAAUUCUUGAGUCUACUCUCGAACGAGUUGCCUCCACCGGUGGCUAUGAUUGGUCCGUUUCAUGUGGAUCGGUUGAGUUAUAUAGCUCCAUUGGCUGAAAUGAGUCAAGUACCACUCGUUUCUCCGUGGAUACCUUUGUCUCAAAUGAAGAGGUACCUCCCACACUCAAACAGAAUGGCAUUAUCGAUUCAGGCGGCGCAGAGUGCGCACGGAGACGAGCUGAUUAGCAUAAUGAAGUAUCACGGUUGGUCGCAUAUCGCUUUCGUCAUCACACAAUCUCCACUACAACAUCAUUCUCCAUAUCAACAAAAUAUCAGAAAUGUUCGUUACGGGACUGAAGCUCUCGACGUGACUGUAGUGGCUACCGCUUGGAUUCCACCCGCUGAAGACUACGGGAACGACACGGAGGCAUUUGAGGAGGCCAUAACACCAGAAUUGGAGAAGAUCUGGAACAGCGGGGCGACCGUCAUUGUUCUCUCUAUUGAGCAAGUUCCUUUGACUUACGAGGUACUAAUGCGAGCAGCCGACGAGAUUGGACUUAUCAAUAAUUCUACUGCAUGGGUCAGUCUGAACGUCGGGGCGGCACGUGAUCUUGAAUGGGCGAUUACUACAGUUCGACCAGACGUUGUAAACUUACUAGACGGAAUGAUCGUUACGGUCACUGAUCUAAACGAUUAUUACUGGAAUACAUCUUUGACAGUGCUACCGCAUAUCUAUUAUGCAGACAAAUUAAAAGAUCCCCUCGUUCAGUUGGUAUAUGACAGUGUGUGGGCCGUGGCGAUUGCAACCAACUACUCUUUGUACGCAGUUUCAUCAGACAAAGUUGGAAUUGGCGAUCUUCAAUUUCAUCGCUGGACAUCGGGAGAAGAAAUAGUGACGAAUAUAAAGCGUAGAAAUUUUGUUGGAAUAAGUGGUCUGGUGACGUUCUCUAAUGACGAAAGACUGACGUGGUACACUAUUUAUAAUAUUAGACAUCAAUAUCCCAGGGGCCACUACAUAGGAUAUUAUGGUUUUGGCAAACUGUUUAUGGACAGGCCUAUCUAUUGGCAUAAUAGCGCAAUCCGGAGCCCCACAGGAGAAGUCGACAUUUGCCGUCAUAGAAUCAACGUUCUUCUGGCAGGAGGUCGGUAUAAGCAAUACAUCGAGUUUUCAUCAAACGACAAAACGGAUAGAAAGUAUUUUGGUUGGGCUGUCGACCUUUUUGAAAAUGCAGCGACAAAAAGCUGCCUGACCAACUUUAAAUAUUAUUCUAUUCCUAACAUCACGUGGAAUGAAGCCAUUGAUGUAGUAGAAGAUGGAUAUCUCUCGCAUAUCGGGAUCCAAGAACACGACGGUGUAGAAUUUCAUGUGGUCGUUGGACCGUUGGCCAUCACGCCAGAAAGAGCAUCUAAGGUCGACUUCACACGCGCGAUAAAGUCAGUCUCAUAUCGAGUAGCAAUUCUCAGACCUGAAAACAAUCUUGCAAAUCUUUGGGAAUUCUUCAAGCCAUUUUCGUGGGAACUAUGGCUUUUGAUAUUUGUCUUCUUUAUGGCAGGUGGUUUCGUUGUGUUUGUGCUUGAGAGAAACAGGAAAAGGUCACCACAGGAUGCUCCAAACAUUGGUGACUCGAUCUUCGUUUCUCUGUCUGUAUUCUUCUACACGAAUGAUCAGGAUAGUGUCAUCUCGCACUCCGGUCGUGGUUACAUUGGUAUCUCCUUGUUUGUUACUCUCAUUCUCUAUGCGUGCUUCACUGCUAAUCUCACAGUAUUUCUUUUGAGGCGCCAGGAAAUAUCUACAUACGGGACAAUUGAAGAUAUUCACGACGGCGUUAUUGGAGCAUCCAACGUUACAGGAGCAUUGUCCUAUUUGCAACAUUCGUAUCCGAGAUUGACCUUUGAAAACGUAUCAUCUGAGGACUGGUUGGAACGAUUGGUUUCGAAAAGGAUAUCAGCUUACGUUGACGACUCAUCUGUUCUGGAAUUCGAAGCAAAAACUGAAUGCAAAAUUAAGCUCCUUGACAACGAAUUACGUGUAAUCAACGCAGCGUUUGCUCUCAAGCACAAUUCACCAUACACGCACAAACUGAAUGAUGGAAUUAGACACGCUUGGUUUGACUACGACCUCGAGGAACUUGACCAAAAAUACUUCGAAUGGGCAGACCUCUGUGAAAAUGACGGAGAAAUGGCUGCAGACGAUGCACUAAAUCUACAUCAUCUUGGAGGCCUCUUUAUCAUAUUGUUUGCAGUCAUCAUAGUGUGUUUACUAGGAGAUUUCGUGCGUCGUUACCUUAUAAAGAAUGGGUUCAUUGAUUGCAGUUACGAAGAGGAAAUAGAUACAUCGCAAGAUGCAACAGAAGUUGGUGCAGCUGCAACGACCGCAGAUGCGGCGAAAUGUGUUUUUGUAAACGAAUUUGCUCAAUGUGGGAGAGCUCCUGGCGACUCUGUGCCAGGCAACGAGCAGCAGCCUUCUCGAUCGUCAGACCGAGGAAUUACUCCAAUUGGACAGAUGGACCUGUUUGCAAACUCUUCAUUCAGUAAAGUAUAAUCACUGAUUCAGUGCUCGAUAAGUUGAGGGGGCAAGUGCCCCAGUGCUCCGCGGUUUCUACAGUUAAGACUGUGUAUAGUACAUUUGUCUUGAAACAUGAUCACGUGAUACUAAUUUCUUUAGUGGACAUAGUGUCAUGCAACUCUCUCCCUAUCUGUAGACGAGAUGUCAUCGCUUUCCUUCGUCUUCUUAUCGUGUUACCUCGUCCCUGCAGCUAAUACAGUCCAUCUCGUCCUGCAGCUUAUGAGAGUUGGAUCCUACACAUGCAAGUCGUCAUUCUUUUCUCAAUUGAAAAUUGAUGUCCCUCAUGAGCAUGCAGCUUAGGUAGAUGUGUACGGGAGUGCCAUUCACGUCAACUUUAGCCAGAUUUCACUGUAUACUAAUUUCGUCUACACUCCACGAGUAUAUCCCAGCGUC